AUGAGGCUGUUGCCGCUGCCGGUGGCCGUGGCCGCCACGGUCCUCGACCUCGCCAGCGCUAGCAGCAGCAGCAGCAGCAGCAGCAGCAACAUCGUCAGCGCAUUCAACUCCCGGCACCUAUACGACUGGGGCUGGUACGGCUGGUACCCGACCAAGGGGUUUCGAUCCUUCCGAGGCACCGUACCGCGACUCGACUUCCUGCAGUGGGACGAGCGUUGCAUGGACGGAUACUACCUCAUGACGCCCAAGGGCCGACUGGUCGACACGCCGGGACCGCUGGUCGUUGAUGGGCGCGGUAACCUGGUGUGGUCAGGGGCGCUGAGCAUCGGCGCAGCCUCGGACCUCGCGUCACAGACGUACAGGGGGAAGCGCUAUCUGACGUACUGGAAGGACAUCGAGGGCAUCACCAUGGGCUUCGGCCGCGGGGAGCACUACAUGCUGGACGAGAACUACAACGUCUUCCGCACCGUGUCGGCGGUGGGCGAGGGCAUGAUGGACGACCUGCACGACUUUCGCAUCACGCGCGACGACACGGUACUGCUGACGGCCUACGCCCCGCGGCCCUGGGACCUGAGCUCCAUCGGCGGGCCAGCCCAGGGCUGGAUCAUGGACAGCAUCUUCCAAGAGGUCGACAUCGAGACGGGCGAGCUGCUCUUCGAGUGGCGCGCCAGCCAGCACGUGCCCCUCGAGGACACGAUCCGAUACUACGCAAACCGCGACACCGGCCUCGCCCCCGAGCUCGGCUUCGACUACUUCCACAUCAACAGCAUGGACAAGGACGUCCGCGGCAACUACCUCGUCUCGGGGCGCCACACCCAGACGGUGCACUGCGUCCACCCAAACGGCACCACGCUGUGGACCCUCGGCGGCCGCGGCAACAUGUUCGCCGAUCUGUCGGGCGGCCGCGCCACCGACUUCGCCUACCAGCACCACAUCCGCAUCGAUGACGACGACGUGCUCUCCAUGUUCGACAACGCCAAGGCCGAGCGCAGCGGGCCCGCUCCCCCGCACGGCUAUAGCCGCGGCCUGGUCAUCCGGCUCGACCAGGAGAGGCUGACGGCCGAGCUGCUGCACGAGGUCCACGACCCCCGCCACCCGAAGCACGCCGACUCGCAGGGCUCGGCGCAGAUGUGGGACGGCGGCCGUUCCAUGGUCGUCGACUUCGGCUUCAUCCCUGCCUUCACCGAGUUCGACACCAACUCGAGCGAGGUGCUGUGCGACGUCCGCCUGGCCCCGAGCAUCAUGUUCCCCUUCGGGUCGGUGGGCAGCUACCGCGUCACCAAGGGCCACUGGACCGGCCGCCCCGUCAGGCGCCCAGACGCCGUGCUCGACCCCUCCGAGGCCCGCCUCUAUGUCAGCUGGAACGGCGCCACCGAGGUGGCCAGCUGGGCCCUCCAGGGCGCCGACUGGGCGGGCGUCGGGUCCGGCCCCUGGGCCGACCUGGCCGUCGAGCCGCGCGACGGCCGCUUCGAGGUCUCGUUCGACCUCUCCUCCUCCAUGCCCGAGUACCUGCGCGCCGUGGCCCUCGAUUCCGACGGCAACGUCCUCGGCCAGACCGUCAGGAUCAGCCGCGACAGGGGCAACCCCUCCCUACCCGACGUCUUCGGCGUGGUCCUCUCCUGGCUCGGGUGGCUCUCCAACAUGGGCGCCACCUGCGUCGCCCUCUUCGCCUGGGAUCACUGCCGCCCCCUGCGCUCGAGGCUAGCUCGCAUCGCCGUCAAGUCCUGGCUGGUCCUCCGCCCCGCCCUGUACCGCCUCAUCUGCUGCUGUCUACCCAGCAAGACUCGCGGCGGCGCAUCCUUCGGCUCAGCCGGCGGCACCCUCCCCCUCUCCAUCAAGGGCAGCUCUACCUCCAUCUUCCUGUCGCUCUGGUCUGGCGGUGCCCGUAAUGGCAGACCGCAUGAGAUGAGACCGCUGUACAACUCCGACGAAGAGUAG